GGCCGCAAUCCAUUCAUGAGCAGUGUACAAACAGGGAAAACAAAGGACAGGCUUUUCACAUGUCCAGUGAAGUAGUCACUCAGACUUGGAAGGAAGAUGGAAGGACGAGUGUUCUCGCGUUUGGCUCUUGAGUUUUUCGUCAUUUUUAUAUCGGUUGUUUAUGGACAGGGCUUGAAUGGAGACGGAAAAUGUGAGCGAAAUAGGGUUCAUGAUUGUUAUGGAUGGAACUAUACACUUGUUCCAAAUGAAUUUUUAGGGAUCGAGACACAACAUGAUGCGAAAACUCGGAUUGCGGAAUUCAAGCCACUUUAUAAGGUGAAAUGUGCCCCUAACUUGAAGCUGUUUAUUUGUGCCAUGUCUGUGCCACUGUGUUUUUCAAAGGAUGGAGUAGCCACACCUGUUUAUCCUUGUCGAUCCAUGUGUGAGGUUGCUCGAAAAGGUUGCGAGCCAAUCAUGAAGCAAUAUAACUUUUACUGGCCACAAGUCUUGGAUUGCAAGCGACUUCCAGUGCAAAAAGAGGGUACAGUUUGCAUGGCAUCUCCGGAGGAUAAAGGGAAACCGAAGGAGCCGAAGCGAAACCAGUCUUUGCCGUACAAGCAGAAAUGUGAACAACAUAAUGAAUUUGUUUAUGUUAGCGAUGGGGAAAAUCACGAGUGCGCACCGAAAUGCAAUGCAAGUAUAGCUUAUCAGAAAAAGGAAAAAUCUUUCAUCGGAGCUUGGGUAAGCACUUGGUCAGUGAUUUGCUUUUUAUCCACGCUUUUGACAGUUUCGACUUUUCUCAUUGAUCCAUCGAGAUUUCAUUAUCCUGAAAGGCCGAUAAUAUUUCUAUCAAUGUGUUACAACCUGUAUUCAGUCGGGUAUUUAGUGAGAGUGUUUGCAGGCCGCGAUGCAAUAGUUUGCCAAGAAUCUCGUAACGGAAAACACCUCAUCUCCGACGGAAUGUCAAACACAUCUUGCACAAUUGUGUUCUUUAUAAAUUAUUUCUUUGGCAUGGCCUCGUCCAUUUGGUGGGUUAUUCUGUCUUUGACUUGGUUUCUUUCCGCCGCACUCAAAUGGGGUCACGAAGCAGUAGAGAAAUACGCUUCAAUUUUUCACGCUAUUGCGUGGACAAUACCCACUGUUCAAACGAUUGUAGCCCUCGUCACACGCAAAGUCGAUGCCGAUGAACUAUCCGGAUUGUGCUUCGUGGGUUUUCAUAGCAGCAUAGCUCUCUUAUGGUUCGUUGUUAUCCCCUUAUUUGUUUAUCUCAUUUUUGGAUCUUGUUUCCUACUCAGUGGGUUUAUUGCCUUAAUUAGAAUAAGAAGAGCCCUGAGAUUAAAGGAAACAAACACACAGAAAUUGGAACGACUUAUGGUGCGAAUAGGCAUUUUUUCAAUGCUUUAUUCCAUUCCUGCCAGUUUUGUAGUUGGGUGUUUUUGGUACGAAUACGAAAAUUUGCUAGCUGUUGAAAAAUUCACAAGUGACCCAUUUACGUGUCACUUGAACCCGGAGUGCAAGGAAAUCCGGGGUGUUCCGCCAGCGAUUCUUUAUAUGAAGUACUUCAUGUUGUUGGCUGUCGGGGUAACCUCUGGUGCGUGGAUAUGGUCAUCAAAAACAGUGCAGUCAUGGAAAAAGUUUUACUACAAGUGUUGCGGGCAGGGUUAUGAUGAUGAGCUGAAAAAAGGCAGAAAAGAGCUUAAUCACAACAGAGGAAAUCAAGCCCAUGACCACAUGCAAAAUGCAACGGCAUAUACGCAGAGGUCUGGAAACAUGUACGAACUCGUUCAACCAAUGACGAUGAACUCAGUUGUCACUCCCACGCAGUAUAUAAACACGCAGAGGUCAAUAGACCCAGUUUCGAUGUACCUCGGGCAUCGCCCGAAUGCGACACAGUUCAUGAACACACAAUCUAUGGGACCCGUCAUGACGACAAUGGCACCGAUGGGUCCCGUCAUGACUCUACAACAGUCUGGACCCUAUUAUCCUGUCCCAGUCGUGGCACAGUCUGUCGUUUCAAAUCCAACUUCAAGUGGUCCUUAUAAAAGUGUUCCAAAAACUGUGACCCCGCGAGGCAGCACGAGCACGAGUCAUUAUACCUCGGGCAGGACCACAGACAGUGAAAAAUGCGGCAGUGGGGGGAGCAGGAUCAUUUAAAUCGGUGAAAGUAGGCCUAGCAGGUGGGCGGUAUCAAGUAGGCGCAGAAUGAUGCAGCUACAGAAUCGAUGCCUCUAGAUACACAUGCCUGCAGGAUUUUUAAAGUAGUGGGUUAUAACAGUACCCUGAACGGUGCAGGUUCGAAGAAAAUGUUCACAAUCAAAUUUCCGAUAAUGAAGAGAACGUCUACAAAGUCACUGAAUAGAUGAUGUCUUGAGACAAGGCCUUUUAAUUGGCAAAAUACCGAGCGUUUAUUGGCAAGUUACCGUGAGUUUAUUUAACUAAUUUCUAACGCAUUAAAGUAAAAUGAAUGCAAAUCCUUCUAAAGACGAAUCUCACUUUGCAUUCCCCUUUGUUGACUGUCCUAUUAAUCUUCUUUAAUGUUUCUCGUUGUAUCAUAUAAUUCGAUUUGAAUUUUAUUGGCUCAGGAAAUUGAAUCUUCGAGAAAACCAGGACACACGUAGAAGGGGAUUUUUUAAUAACAAUUUAACAACAACGUGGAUAAUCUAUUAAUAGCAUUUUAGUGUCUACGAAUAUUCUUUCCAGUAAUCUUUCGUUGAUACAGUAUUAUUUAUCUGGGGACAUUGACUUAGCGUUUCUGCCAAGUGUACCGCGAUUCUUAACCCUUUCCGAUUUCUAACUCUCAUGUCAAUGUAGAUCUUUUAUGAUCCGCUUCAAAAUUCUUAAAAGUCUUAAUAUGAAUCCAGGUAUUAAUAGAGCCAUUUGGGGCAUCCAUAAAAAGACCUUUAUCAGAAAGGUUUCGUAAUACCGUUUGUAUGAUAGAGACAGAGGGUGCUGAGGAGGGAAGACGAUCCUCUUUACCUCUUUGCCCUCUCAAUAAAUUUUAGACAGUAUGCUCACGCUAGACGAUCUGACAGAAGUUGAAAUCUCAUACAUCUUUCGUUGGAAUCUUAUGGUUUUGUCCCUUAAAAAUCCCUAAAGCACUUUUAUUUCGAUAGAAACUUCGUAAUUCUGUUGCAAGAGGGAACUGCCCCUCGGUAUUUUAAUCCAGCUAAAUAAUAGAAAGUCUCUUUGGACCCCGUCCUUGUUCAACUCGUAAGCAAGAGAUAUUGCCUACAUAAAAGGGUGGAGAGGAGAGGUCGAGUGCGUAAUUGGUAUAGGGAGGCUGGGUAGACAGAAAAUCAUAAGGUUUUGGUGCACUUUCUUUGUUGAUGCUCCCGAAUAUACAAGGUAAAAAACCAAAACACAAUUUUAUACCGAUGCGAGAACUGUAGAAAUUUCAAAACCAUUUUCUUAUUUCUUCGCAUAUCACAUAUCACUAAUUUUUAAUGCUAUUACGAAGAAAAUCGAGCGAAUGCGAAGUGAAAGUCAGUGAUUGUGUUUCCUUAGAAUACUAGCAGUUUUACGUUCGUUUCAACGAUUCCAUCGAGCUAUUCCGAGAAAUAGAGCCAUUCUAAGAACGAGUCCCCUUAUGAGAUGAGAUAUAUAAGGGUAAUCUUUGCAGAAAUGUAUCGUUCUCUAAUUUUGCAUGAAUUCUUUUAGAUGCCCCUACCGUAAAUGAUCGAAUCGCCCCUCCCCCUCAUUUUAAUCUCCAUUCUUUUUUCCUUGUCAAAACUGCAUCAUCAGUCCAGAGGGACUGAUUUUCAGGGGGCUAGGUAUAGAAUUCUUUCAAAACAUAAUCAUAUCAUAAACUUAUCACAAUUUAAUUUUAAAAAGACAAAGUAAAACCCAAUUUCAAGAACAAGAAAAGCCUUAAAUAAAAUUUUGAACCGCCUUUUGAUGUUUUGACAGAGGGUUGCAUUUAUUGUUACAGUGUUUUUUACAAUUUUUCAAAAUUGAAAAGGCGGUUUAAACGAGCUACUUGUAUAUUGAUUUUAAGAUAAUUUUUAUGAGCUCCUUCCGUUUCGGACCCGUUUUAGCUCCAAAAUCCACAUGGCCAUGGGCUUGGUGGGUUAGGGGUUAUUUCGAAAUUUUGUGGAAAUAAUAUUACAAAAUCCCCAAUUUCCCCAUUUCUAUAUCCAUUUUGUAAAUUGAUCUGUUCUAAUCGUUUAUUGCGUACUCUUCAAUAUGCGUUGGGCUGCGCUGUUUUAUGUAUUUUUUGGGCAGUUAAGUUGAUAGGUAAAAUUUUCAUAAACAUCUUUUAACAUCAUCGUCGCAAAAUAAUUAGCUUGAAAGUUUCCUUACCUGAGCUUGUAUAGUUGUGCUAUGCUUGAAAACUUUAGAACUUUAUCAAUAGUUAAUAUUGUAAAAUAGAGUUGCUUAUGUUAUUUCUAAAUUUAAUGUAUAAACAUCAUCUA